CGUAAAAUUGGACCCAUGGGCUCAAGAUAUUCGUCCAUGGAAUCAGCCCAUCAGAAGCCCGAAAUUCCAAGUACUCGUCUUUAAUUUUCAUUUUAAAGGUUUCUGAGCAAAUGUCUUGAUCUUGGUUCUUUGCAAAAUAUCUCUAGCACAUCAAGGACCAAUUCUGGGAUAUUUUAUUGCAUAGGUGUAAUGGUCUUUGAAUACGAAAUCUCAGAGUUUUAGAGCCAUGGAAAUGAGGUCUUGAAGUGUGAGAGAAAGCAUAAAAGCUCAUUAGUAAGAACAAUCCUAGAUCGGGAGGAGGAGGAGGAGGAGAGGGUGAUAGGAAUGCUUGGGAAGAGGCCUCGUGGUCUGCAGAGAAGCACAAGCACUUCUAAGGUGAUUGAAAUGGUUGCUUCAAAAGACAGGGCAAGACCCUCUGCAGUCAAAGUUCCUCCUCAUCAUUAUCAUGAAGUCCCAAAAGAUGGGCUUUUGAAUGGCAAUGGAAGCUCUAAUGUUCAGACUAAGAGUCCAGAUAAAUUGGUGUCUCCUCGUUCUCCCCUCUCGGUUCUCCAGUGUUUGCUAACGAAUUACUUUAUUCGAAAGGCAGAGGCUGAAGAGCCCAGGACCAGUGUUGGCUUGAGUAUUGUUAUAGAUAAUUUGAAUAAUGCUGAUAACAACAUUGUAUCUCCUUCUUGUGUGAGCAAGAUGCAGAUCUUGAAUAAAUCCAUGCAGGUUGCAGCACAGUGUAAAGAGCCAGGAAACUUCAAGCAGAAAACAGCACCAGCAGCUUCUUCCCUGCCAUCUGUUCCUUCUCCACUCCCUGCCAUAGAUUUUCUUGAUGCAUGCUAUCUCUGUAAGAAGUCCCUGGGUCCUGGAAAAGAUAUCUACAUGUACAGGGGCGAUCGAGCAUUCUGCAGCGUAGAGUGCCGAUGGCAACAGAUUCUGACAGAUGAGCGAAAUGAGAAGUGUUCUUCUGCGGCCAUUAAAGCGGUAACGGCCUCACCUUCUCGUCGCUCCGGAGGCCAUGGCCAUGGCCAUCGUGCCCGUGGCACAGGCAGAAUAAUGGCUACUGUAGGAUAGAGAAAUAUCUCAAACUUUAUAUGAAGCUUCAGGCUUCGACCCCUGCUGUAAUCGGCUUUUCAUCUUUCAAUAUAUACUAUAUAGAGGUUUUCACAUAGCCCAUAUAAAUUAGGGGACAGCUAGUAGCUUGAAUUGGGGACUCCUGGAAUUUACAGCUACAGCUAAAAAUAGCUUUUGUAGGCGUCUUUGAUGGCCAGUAAGCUUGCUUGAAUAUAGAUAUUAUGAAGCCAGAGGAAGAAUCCAACGCAUUUCAGAGCUUAAAAAGUUUGUAAUUGCCUCUGAAAUGUUUUUAACAUCAUCGAAUGUCAAUGGAAUAGUAGGCAUACAAGCCAAUUAAAACUUUGAA